GAGGGGAAGAGAGGAGUCGAGGAGGGGUUGUUCCCGUCGUGACGCAGAAGUUUUCCUCCUCGUUGCCCUGGGAACCUGAGCAUGAAAGUACUCCAAAAAGCACUGCAGAGAAAACAAGCUCUUCAUCAUAUCAGAGUGAAAAGGAAGAGAUACUCAUUUCGGACACUGAUGACCCCAAUGAGGGCACUUCUCAAGGUUGGAGGAACACUGCUACAAGUGUUCCAGAUACCCCUUCCAACAUGACUGCUGUGAGGUCCACUGUCAACCCAUUGUACAGCACAUCCACACAGUUGUAUGCUCCCAUUGUAAUCGAUGAAGAUGUGGACGGGAGUCAAGAUUUCAAUGUUGUGCCCAUAAGCGCUGACCCUGCAAAGGAAGCUGUGGACACAAGUAUAUCUGCAGCCCAUAUUAUUGAAAACUUAGCAGAUGCCAUAGACCACAACACUGUCAGCAGAUUCAACAUAACUCGCUCAAAUGUUUGGGAUGGAGCUGUCAGAGGGUUCAGACGUUCAACCUUCUGUGAAAAGUCUGACUUGCUUGUGAGGUUCACGGAUGAUGCAGGCUCUGUGGAAGAAGGAAUAGACGCAGGUGGACCAAGGCGAGAAUUUCUGACACUCCUCAUGAGCUUUUUGCAGUCUCGGCCUAUUUUUGAGGGACCUCCACAGAGUCGGUACUUGGUGUACAAUGCUGCAGCAACCAGGGAGGAUGAAUAUUUCAUGGCAGGGAAGAUGAUAGCUGUGUCCAUUGUUCAUGGAGGACCAGGCCCACAUUUUCUUUCAAGGGACCUGGUGAACCACAUAGCUGGACAGCCUGGUUUCUGUGCACAUGUGACGGAUGUGACAGAUGAUGAGAUAGGGAGAGCUCUCAGUGAGAUUGAGUUGGCACAUUCUCUGAAGUCUCUGCAAGAUGUGUUACUGAAACACAGCUCCAUGCUUCAGACUGCUGGCUGCUUCAGGCAUGUCAGCUCCGUUGAAGAAAAACACACUGUGGUGGCAGAAUACCUUACCUGGUACACCAUCGGCAGGAAUCACAGUGUAAUUGAAAGAUUCAAAGAUGGACUGGCUAGCCUACACCUUUUGGGUGCCCUUUGCCAACAUCCGAGUGUACUGGCGCCAGUGCUGUGUCAUACGGACAAGAGGCUGACUUCAGUUGAAGUGCAACGACUCUUCUUACCACAGCUCAGUCCAGCAGGGAGCAACAGGAGGACUACAGAAACCGUGGCACUCAGCUUCUGGGCAGCCUAUCUGAUGGACUGUGAAGAACAAGGACCAGUGUCACUGGAGGAGUUAUUCAUGUUCAUCACGGUCCUGAAGACAGAACCCCCUGCAGGAAUGACACCCCAUCCAUGUGUCACGUUUUCACAGGAGACUAUCUAUCCCAUGGCAAACACCUGUGCAAACACCAUAACACUUCCACUACUAGGAACGUACGCUAGUUUCAAAGCCAAUAUGGACUUUGGCAUCCAAAACUCCCCAGGUUUUGGAUGUCUGUGAAAUGGUAAAAGAAAGGGGCAGAACACCAUCACCGCAGUAUAGCUUUUUGGAGUUUUAUAAACUUGUGGAGUUCCUCAUGUUUGAGGUUUGGGGAAAAAUAUGUUUCAUACAGCGGUUUCAGAGUUUUCUUUAGACGUCUAUAAAGACAACGUUAUUAGUAGUGCUAAUAUGUUUAAGGAACACAAUACUGUUUUGCAGCGUUUUCACAAGAAUAAACAUUUAUUUUCUUAAAUGCAAAUAAAUCACUGUUUCCCAAAUC